CGAUGUCGGGGCUUUCACCCACCGAGCGCCAGUUCGAAGACGCUGGACAGCCCGCCACGUCGUCGAGCGCGAUCAACCCUCGCGCCAACCUCCAGCGGAGCGUAUCGAGGAGCUCAACCUGGUCCAUGCAGGAUAACACUCCUCAGCACCAUAACUACGGCACCUCGUACUUCCCACCGCAGGCAUCCCGCACGCACUCGCCGACGCCCCGCCGUGUCGGCCAACCAUCGUUUCCUAGGAGCGCAUCGCAUAGUUCCACUCGACGCGGAUUGCCCAGGAGCGCCAGCGUCACGAAGCUGCGUCACGACGAGAGUGGUUUGCUCAGCGAGGCGGAGGAGGACGACGAAGCCGACCGUGCAGGCUCUUCAAGGCGACGCGUGUCUGUCGAAGAUGAGCGCACAGGCGAUGCUGACGACGAAGAUGAUAGUGCCGAGCGCGAAGAGGACCCGAUCACGCUGAGGGACCGGCAGUCGCUUAUCAACGUCGAGCAUCCGUUCGGUUUGCCCAUUUGGAAGCCUGCGUUGUACAAGAAGAGUCGAUCGGUUACUCGUAACGCGGAUCAAGCAGUACACUCCAUUCCGACCGGCCAAGCGAGUCGCCUACUACCCGGGAAUGUGAUGUGGGCGGUACUGUUCGGAUGGUGGUUGGCGAUGGUAUGCAUCGUUGUGUCGGCAGUGCUUUAUGUCGUCCCCAAGGGUGGCAGAAGCUACUCCAACCUCGUCUUCGGCUUGGGUUGGUACAUCGUUUGGCCGUUUGGCAAGUACGUUGCGGGCGACGUCAAGGAUCGGGUUCAGGAUGAAGAGGGCAACCCGCGGAGUCCGGAUGGCGACGAGGAAGGCAACACCAGUGGUGCUGAAUCACAGGGCACCGAAGUACCUGGUUCGGCCAACGACAGCAAUACGCCCUCGAAAUACUCCACCAUCAGACCACGCCACGCCUUGGCUCAUCAGCAAUCCGUGUCUUGGAAUCCUUUGCCUAUUCCAGACGAACAGACUUCCCUCUUACGCGGAAGUCUGCAGAUUCCCGUUGGCCAAGCCAAGUGGUACGGCACCAUUCAUACGUCCCCUGCUUCGUCGGAGGCCGUCGGAGUCAGCAGCACGGAUGAAUGGUUGGGCACUUUGUGCUUCUGGUUCGCGCUCAUUUGCAUCAUCGCUCCCUUGCUCUUGUUCGUAUGCCUCGUCUGCUGGGGAGCCGUUAUUACUGUUCCGAUGGCUAAGCUUAACUGGGCGCUCAUCGAGCAUUUGUUCCGGCAUCCCACGUCAAUCCGUUUCUACGGAGCACCUCCUGCUGUAGUCGUCCCCACUCCGCCGGAGGACACCAUCCAGGAGGAGGAUGAAGGGGAUAGUACGUCGACCCCGGUUCAGCAACCGCAAUUCUCCCUCCGUCAUCGCCGUCUUUCCGCCGGACAAGAAGUGCCAUCCGGAGAGUCGACGUCGACGGUGCUGUUGUGCAUCUACGAGGCCGUCGGUUGGCAAUACUACAAAUACACGAUUGGUGGCGUCAACAUCAUGUUUGUGAACUUGAUGCCACUGGUGUUUUUUACAAUCUUUGACGGAUUGGUUUUGUUACCACUUGCGGAGCGAAAAGAAGAGCGCGGAGAGCAUGUUCCAGCCAUCCUUGCGUUUUUGGCCUCCCAAGCUCUCGUGUUCCUGCUCAGCUUGCUGAGUGUCAUCCCGCUGUCAUACUUUAUAGGAAUGGCAGUCGCAUCUAUAUCCGCCCAGUCUUCCAUCGGCAUGGGCGCGGUCAUCAACGCAACAUUCGGUUCGAUCAUCGAAAUUAUUCUCUAUGGCAUCGCUCUCAAAGACCACAAGGGACGCUUGGUAGAGGGAUCUAUCAUCGGUAGCUUGCUUGCAGGCGUGUUGCUCAUGCCAGGUGCCAGUAUGUGCAGCAGCGCUGUGCGACGAAAGGAGCAAAGGUUCAACGCCAAGAGCGCCGGGGUUACCAGUACCUUGCUGAUCACAGCAAUAAUUGGAGCCUUGGCGCCUACAAUGUUCUAUCAAACUUACGGAAACUUCCAGCUGGUUUGCGAGGGAUGCCCGGAUGAUCUCACAGGCCUUUCUGCCUUGAGCAAACCAUGGCAAUGCGACCACUGCUACUAUGAGCACCCGGAACCCAUCAACGAUCCCUUCUAUCGUGACACAGUCAAAAGCUUCACGUAUUUCUGUGCCAUUGUGCUCCUUCUUUCGUAUCUGAUUGGCCUGUGGUUCUCCCUUCGAACACAUGCUUCACAAAUCUGGCAGAACCCCCAGCAAUUGUUGCAUCCCUUGGACAUCCCGUCUAAUCGCCUCUCGUUGUACCAUAAGCUCCUCCCGCCACGACCUGCAGGAGGCUCCUUGCGGCGGAAGCCCAGCAAUCUCAGCGCCAACGGCAUCUCGCGUAGCGAAACUCCCGUACCGCGAAACCAUGAUGGUCUGCAGCCUGCGGAUGCUAUGGCGGCAAAUCCACACUCGUCAACCGUUCCUCCCACAACGCCUGGCGCACAGAGGAGAGUCUCGUAUGCGGUCCCACCAGCCACACAGCCAGCUGUGGGUUAUACGCCCCUGCUCGAGAGCGUCAAUCAUGCCAUCAAGGAUACGGCAAUGCAGCCUAUGGAACUCCCGCCGCAUAUGACCACGGACGACUUCACGCGGGCUAUUGCAGUUGCCACUGUCAGUGCCCUGAGGGAUCAGCACCACACGCUACCCGGCGCAAGGGCCCGUGUGUCCGGGGCGGAAGCAGAGGAAGCAGGUGGACAUGGAGGGCACGAUGCGCCUUCGUGGAGUCGUGCAACAAGCGCUAGCGUGCUACUUGCAUGCACAGCGCUCUAUGCGAUUAUCGCGGAAAUCCUUGUUGACGUAGUUGAUGUUGUGCUGGAAGGAUCUGGUAUUGAUGAAAAGUUCCUUGGUGUCACUCUCUUCGCUCUCGUCCCUAACACGACCGAAUUCAUGAAUGCGAUGGCAUUCGCACUCAACGGCAACAUAGCCCUGAGUAUGGAAAUCGGUUCUGCAUAUGCUCUGCAAGUUUGCCUUCUACAGAUACCAGCCAUGCUUGCCUUCUCCGCUAUAUUCGUACCGGACAAGAUGGGUAGUGUCGCCGAUACCUUCCCCCUACUAUUCCCUCGCUGGGAUGUGAUCGUCAUCGUACUGGCGGUCUUCUUGAUGACCUACACUUACAUCGAAGCGAGGAGCAACUACCACCGCGGAAGUAUGCUCAUAUUAAGUUAUUUGGUGCUUGUUGUCGGAUUCUUUUUUGCUCCAUACCGUCCAGAUGAGCUAGACAAUGGGCUACGUUCGUUCGGGCAACCCUCUGCAAACGUAGUCCAGCAGACGAAGCUCAUUUUCGCUUGGUUGUUCGCUGGCUGAGGCUCGAUGCCGCGCGGACUUCCUGUCGACCACGUUUCAAUGUUUAUGCGAUGGACAACUCUCCCGCUUUUGCGACGCACUCAUUGUAAAUAUACCGG